AUGUUUCCCGAAGAGACAAAGGCUGCGCAGAUAUCUGCCAAUGAAAAAGACUCUUCAGGUGCCAGUAUACAAGAUGAAUCAGACAGAGAAUGGCAGAAGACUGGUACUGCUGGCAAUGGAGGAACAUUUGAUGCUGCUGAGGGUCACCAUUUCUACCGACCCAUCGAUAGUUAUGAAGGACUUCACCGAUGGGACCCCGACUUUCAAUGGACAGACGAUGAAGAAAAGAAAAUUGUCCGAAAGAUUGAUUUCCGUGUCUGUACAUUUGCAUGUGUGACCUUCUUUGCCUUGCAGCUUGAUCGAGGUAACAUCGGCCAGGCCUUGUCAAGCACUUUGUUGCAAGACUUGAACAUGACAAGCAAUGAUUACAAUCUGGGGCAAACGAUCUUCUUGGUCUGCUUUCUGGUGGCUGAAAUGCCCUCACAGUUACUGUCAAAAAGACUGGGACCAGAUCGCUGGAUUCCCAUUCAAAUGGUAUCGUGGAGUCUGAUCGCUGCCUGUCAAGCCUUUUUGAAGGGUCGAGGAUCAUAUUUGGCUCUUCGUGCUUUGUUAGGACUUUUGGAAGGCGGGUUCAUCCCCGACACAAUUUUGUUCCUCUCAUUCUUUUAUAAAUCCAGUGAACUUCCAAAACGUUUGACCUGCUUUUGGAUUUCCUAUACAAUUGCCGGGAUCAUUGGUUCGUUCUUGGCAUUUGGUUUCCUCCACAUCACAGACUCCAAUGGCGGUGGCUCUUGGCGAUACCUGUUCGCCUACGAGGGUUUGAUCACUGGAGUCAUCGGAAUUAUCGCCGCAUUCUGGAUGCCUGCCUCUCCAGUACAAACAAAAGGUGGACUCCGCGGGAAGAACGGAUGGUUCACAGAACACGAAGAGAAGAUCAUUGUGAACCGAGUGAUUAGGGAUGAUCCCAGCAAGGGUACAAUGCACAACCGACAAGCUUUGACACCGAAGCGCUUCUGGGAAUCACUCAAAGACUAUCACAUGUGGCCGAUUUAUGCUCUUGGGCUGAUUUGGAUGAUCCCUACCACUCCUGCCGCUAACUACCUGACUCUUCAACUACGAUCACAGGGCUUCACAACAUUUCAAACAAAUUUGCUAGUUAUUCCUUCCGCGAUCGUGAGCAUAAUCACCAUGCUAUCCAUUACAUGGCUAGCGGAGCGUACCAAUCAACGCUUGCUAUGGGGAGCCUCAGUAGAGCUCUGGAACCUUGCACUGCUCAUAGCAUUGGAAGUUCUUCCUGAGAAAACAAUGCCUUGGCCACGAUGGGCUAUUCUCACGAUUCUUGUCGGAGGGCCUAGUAUCCAUCCCGUCGUCGUGGCUUUGACUUCGCGUAAUGCGGGAUCUGUCCGGACACGUACAGUUGCUUCUGCUCUUUACAACAUGUCUGUACAAAUAAGCAGCAUCGCAGGAGCCAAUGUUUAUCAAGCUAAGGAUGGACCAUACUACAAACAGGGAAACAAAGUCCUUAUUGCUUUGGCUAUCGUCAGCGGAUUUCUUUUCAUCGCGGCCAAGUUUUACUACGACUGGUGGAAUAAGAGGAAUGCUACGAAAUGGAAUGCCAUGACGAGCGAGCAGCGAGAGCUUUACCUCCGUGAAAAUCCCGUUUUGACAAACAAAAGAAUUGAUUUCAGAUUUGCCCGCUGA